AGCGCGUUUCUGAUUGGUCACGUGGUCGGGGUGAAGAUGGCGGACGCGGAGAUUUGUACCAGAAGCAGUCGGGAGUUAUGGACCAUCUUGCUGGGGAGAUCUGCUCUGCGGGAACCGUCCCAGAUCCAUGCGGAGUUAGAGCGAUAUGGAGAGCGGUUGUUGCAGGGCCUGGCGUACUACAAACCACCCAGCUCUUCAUCAGCAGACAAGUUAAAGGCCGAUAAAGAUGUUCCUCAGUCGCUUAAAGAAUUCGGACUCCGCAUCAGCAAACUUCUGGGUCUGGAUGAGCAGCAGAGUGUACAGAUUCUGCAGUGCUACCUGCAGGAAGACUACAGAGGAACUCGAAACUCCCUGAAGGCUGUGCUGCAAGACGAGAGACAAAGCCAGGCUUUACUGCUCAAGUUUUCCUGUCCAUGCCUAGCAGUCCAUUUUCCUGUCUGUGGGUCUAUAGCAGAUUACUACUAUGAAGAGAGAGUUUCUCUCUUGCGCUGUGUCCUCCUCCUCCUCACCUACUUCCAGGAUGAGCGACAUCCCUAUAGGGAGGAGUAUGCUACCUGUGUGAACAAGCUGGAGAAAGAUCUCGUGUCAAACUACCAACAGCAGUUUGAGGCUCUUUUCAAUGCAGAAGCUCCAACAUGGGAAACCCAUGGAAACCUCAUGACGGAGAGACAGGUGUCUCGGUGGUUCCCUCAGUGCCUGAGGGAGCAGGCAUUGUUGUUGGAGGUCCUGUUUCUUUACUAUGCCUACUUCGAGAUGCCUUCAAGAGACCUUUUGACCUUUGCUCGGCUCUUUAAGGAACAGGGUUUCGGACAGCGCCAAACGAACAGACAUCUCGUGGACAAGAGCAUGGAUGCACUAGUGGACCGAAUCGGAUAUUUCAGCUGUUUGAUCCUGGUCGAGGGGAUGGACAUCGACUUCCUGCAUAAAUGCGCUCUGGAAGACCGGACGGAACAGCACCAACUCUGCAGCACGCACGACAUCAACAAGGAGAUGGAUCAGAUGUUGCUGACGUUCGGUGAUAUCUCUCACCACGGCCCGGUUCUGCUGGCCUGGGUCCUUCUGAGACACACUCUGCAACCGGUCGAAGCCGGACCGACCAUCAAACGCCUCGGACACACCACUUUGCAGCUCGGGGUGUUCCAGUAUCUCACGGACAUGUUGCAGGCCCUCGGCAGCACGGGGAACAACUGCACUGCCAGUACUGCACGUAUGUGCAUCUACGGUCUCCUCUCAUUUGUAGUCACUUCGUUUGAAGAGGACACGCUGGGCAGUCAGCAGCACCUGAUCAACGUCGCGUGUGAGGUUCUCGCUGCCCCGAGUCUAGCCGAGCUCUUCUGGGAGUCGAAACCCAAUGUGGGUUUGGAGAUGAUCUUGGACUCAGCAGUGGGUGUUUUCCCUUAUAAGAUUGGACCGUUAUUGCAGCUACUCACAGCACUGCUGUCUGAUAAAUCAACUGCCAAGAGAGUGUACAUGAUUCUGGAUAAAAUGUCCUUCUACACGGAGGUGUGCAAACACAAACCCGGUGAAGUGCUGUCCAGCGAGGACGAGACACUGUGGCGGAGACAGACACCGAAACUUCUCUAUCCUCUGGGCGCGGGUCAGACCAACUUGCGGAUGCCGCAGGGGUGUUACGGUCAAGUUUCGGCGAGCGAGCACGGCUACAUGGUGCGCUGGGAUUAUUCUUAUUCUUCAUGGACCCUCUUCACCUGUGAGAUUGAGAUGCUGCUGCAUGUCGUCUCCACCGCUGACGUGUUGGCGCACUGCGAGCGAGUGAAGCCGAUUUUGGACCUGGUGCAUAAGAUCAUCAGCACUGACUGGACAGUGUCUGACUGUUUGCUGCCCCUCACGUCACGCAUCUACAUGCUGCUGCAGAGGCUGACCUCCGUAAUAAACCCGCCGGUGGACGUCAUCGCAUCGUGUGUCAACUGCCUCAUCGUGCUCGCCGCAAGGCAACCUGCGAAGGUUUGGUCCAGUCUGCAGCACACUGGCUUCCUACCUUUCGCUUCCACCCCUCUAACCAACAUGGCACAGGCCAUCAGUGCGGAAGGCAUGAAGGCAGGUAACUACGGUAACCUGCUGGUGCUGAUCGAGCAGCCACGAGGAGAGUAUGCAGUGACCAUUGCCUUUUUGAGACUGGUGACCACGCUCGUCAAGGGUCAGGUGGGCAGUACUCAGAGCAGAGGGCUCAUUCCCUGCGUGCUUCUGGUCCUGAAGGAGAUGCUACCUACCUACCACAAGUGGCGCUAUAACACACAUGGUGUCCGGGAGAAGAUUGGUUGUUUGAUCCUGGAGCUGGUCCAUGCAAUCCUUAAUCUAAGUCCUGAGGGGGAGUCACAGGGCAGCACUCCCAGCCUGCAGUCUCUAUGUAUCUACAGUCUGGCGAACACUGAAGCAGGCCAGGCCGUGGUGAACAUCAUGGGCGUGGGAGUAGACACCAUCAACACAGUGCUAGCAGCUCAGCCCAGCAGCAGUGGGAGCUGUGAAGGUCCUGGUCAGGUGUUGAUUCAGACAGUGAAGUUGGCUUUCUCGGUAACCAACAACGUCAUCCGACUCAAACCACAUACAGACACCGUUUCUCCUCUGGAGCAGGCACUCACACAGCAUGGUGGCCAUAGCAACAACCUGAUAGCAGUUCUGGCCAAGUACAUUUACCACAAACAUGAUCCUGCUCUGCCGAGACUCGCUGUUCAGCUGCUGAAGAGACUCGCCUCGGUGGCACCCAUGUCAGUGUACGCUUGUUUAGGCAGCGAUGCAGCAGCCAUAAGGGAUGCAUUCCUUCGACACAUGCAGAGCAAAACGGUGGACCUGCGCGUCAAAGUCACCAUCUUGGAGUUUCUCACCGUUGCCGUGGAGACGCAGCCGGGUCUCAUCGAGCUCUUCCUCAACCUCGAAACCAAGGAGGGCAGCGAGGGGACAAAGGAGUUCUCCCUGGGCGAGUGGAGCUGUCUGUCUGUGGUUCUGGAGCUGUUGGACUCGGAUGUGCAGAGCCAGUCGUGGUGUCCCCCACUGCUGCAGAGGGCAGCGCUCGCCUUCCUACACGCGCUGUGGCAGGACCGCAGAGAGAGCGCGCUGUCUGUACUACGCAGCAGGAAGAGGUUCUGGGACAAUCUGACAGCACCGCUUUUUGGAACGCUUCCCCCACCAUCAGAGACCACAGAGCCGUGUAUUUUGGAGUCUUGUGCCUUUGUAAUGAAGAUCAUCGGCCUGGAGAUCUACUAUGUUGUCGGCGGUCAGCUGGAGGACUCUCUGAAAGCCGCACUGCAGCGCCUCAGCUCCCAGCGUCGCUAUGAAUUUUGGUCUCAGUACGUCAGGGAGCUGGUGUGCGUCACGUGUGAUGACGAGGAGGGAGGAGUGAGGUCACUGCCCGAGACUCAGAUGCUCAUCUCGGCGUGGCGGACCCUACUCAUCCUCUCCACUAGCCAUUCUGAUGUAAUGCACCUUAAGGAAGACUCUGUCAGGUUGAAGCUCUUCAUGGAUGUUCUGGAAGGGACCAAAGCAGCAUUACUGAUGCCCCAGUCUGUAGCAUGUCUGCGUUUGGGCUCCAUGAUGGCCACCUUGCUGCUCAUCAUCCUCAAACAAUGGAAAAGUGUGUUGGUGUCAGCUCCAGCUCUCCUUCCUCCUCUCUCUCUGAUGUUAGAGAGCGUACUUCAGGCUGAUCAGCAGCUGAUGGAGAGAACCAAAGCCAAGCUCUUCUCAGCUCUCAUAUCAGCUCUGCACAUUCAGGGCCUUAAUGGAGGAGAGAUUACCCAGCUGCCUCAGCUGUUACUGUGUGUAUGUGAGACCGUCCAGGAUGAGGCUAUGGCUUUGAUUGACAGCACACGUCACAUGAUCCAAAAAGGGGACACCCAGGAGGACAGCAUGGAGACGGACGCACCACGUAGCCUCCAGAAAGACCAGCGCGACUCUGUGUGUGUUUUAGCUCUGCACCUGUCUAAAGAGCUGUGCAGGGCUGAUGAGGAUGGUGAGCAGUGGCUGCAGGUGAUGAGGAAGCUUCCCGUCCUGCCCUCGGUCCUCAGCGCGCUUGAGCUCAGCCUGCGCUCCAAACACAACCUCUACUUCACUGAGGCAGCUCUCCACUUGCUGCUCACUCUAGCUAGAACGUCACAGGGGGCAGCAGCGGUAGCGGGUGCCGGCGUGAUUCAGAGCAUCUGUCUCCCUCUUCUCAGUGUGUAUGAAGGCCCGGCUAAUGGAGCCACACAGGCGUUCUCCCGUAAGCCCGUAGACGCCCCCUCCUGGCCCGGUGUGUAUCGGCUUUGUCUGUCUCUGAUGGAGAGUCUGCUCAAGACGCUGCGCUACAACUUCAUCAACGAGGCACUCGACUUUGUCGGAGUUCACCAAGAGCGCAUCCUCCAGUGUCUGAGUGCGGUGCGUACAGUGCAGUCUCUAGCGUGUUUGGAUGAAGCCGAUCACACCGUGGGUUUCCUGCUGCAGCUGUCCAGCUUCUGUAAAGAGUGGCACUUCCAUCUGCCACAGCUACUCCGAGAUGUGCAGGUGAAUCUCUGUUACCUGUGCCAGACAUGUACAUAUCUUUUGCACAGCAAGAAAAUGUUACACCACUACCUCCAGGCAAAAAAUGGCGAGGCUCUGCCGCAGAGGCCCCGCCCACAGCAAGCUCUACAGCCCGUCUCUAAAGAGCAGCUGUCGGUUGGAGAGCAAGAGGAGGUGGAGUCUAAAGCUCUGCAGGCGGUGCAGUGCAGCCUUCUGAAGAUUCUCAGCAAAACUCUGGCCACAUUACAGCACUUUACACCAGACUGCUGCCAAAUCCUGUUAGACCAGUCUAUGGACCUUGCGGAGUACAGAACUUUGUUUGUGCUGAGUUUUACGACACCAGCCUUUGAUUCGGAUGUCGCUCCGUCGUUCGGGACCCUGCUGGCCACCAUCAACGUGGCACUGAGCAUGCUGGGAGAGAUAGAGAAAAAGAAGGAGCCGGUGGUGUCAUCUGAAGAAACGCAAGCAAUGAAGUCCUUGUUGAUGUUUUCGAUGGAGGACUGUUUCUACGUGUUGAUCUCGCAGGCCAUGCGAUGUUUAAAAGAUCCGACGGUUCUGCCCCGAGACAAACAGAGAGUUAAACAGGAGCUCAGCUCUGAACUGAGCACACUGUUGUCGACGUUGUACAGGUUUUUUCGGCGAGGAUCACCUUCGUCCCCCGCCAGUGGACUUCUGCCUUCCCCACAGACCAAACCCACCACUUCUGGGUCAAAGGUCACGCCAGAAGGCCAGGAACCAUUCAUACAGCUUGUCCAGGCUUUCGUACGGCACGUCCAACGCUAGACACGCACGCCGAGUCAUCGCCAUUUGAAUUCAUUCAGUCUUAAUAAAGGCCCACAUGCUCACCUGGACAUUACUCGGUUCUUCUGUUGGCCUUUACAUUGGUUUCCACAACCCCCCCUCCAUCACCCCCCUCCCUCCCUCCCUCCCUCCCAUCUCCUCCUCCUCUUCUCAUGCCAAAGCGUACCUGUACCAAGUUGCUGUCUAUCUCUGAACCACGCAGAUACGUUUGUAAUCAUUAAAGUUGCGUACGUAAAGCUUUGGUUGAAUUACUCAAGGUGCUCCAGUCAGUUUCAUAACUGAAAUAAUCCAACAUGGCAUCCAGAGGCCUAGUUUUAUAGGCUAGUUUUAUAUGACCAAUAACUUAAUUCAAUUUAACAAAUUCUAGUCGCUAGCACUUUAAUUUGUUAAAUGUGUGUGCUUUCUUAUUAGUCAGGUUGUGGGCCCACAAAUCAAAAUGUGCGCGGCGUCAAAUGAACAACCUCAAAUUUGAGCCGAUCCUCUCAAAAAAUGCUGUGUCUAGCAAUAAAUCGACGCUAACUGGGACCCUUUAACCAGCCGGUUACUCAAAUAUAAAUCCCGGUCAUGUCGUGCAUGUUGAUUUAUUAUAUGUAAUACUCCCAGUGUUCUGAGAUAGGAUCACUCACAUCCCUGACCAGGAUAAAGCGGUUACUGAAGACAGGAUGGAUGGAUGGAUGGAUGGAUGAAUAAUAGCGUUUUCCACAGACGUCUGUUUGUUAUAAAUAUUACACUUAUCUGGGAACCUCCAUCUAAUUAUGGUAACCUUUUUUUAUUAUUAUUUCAUGCCUAGUAUAUUUUUACUAUAAGUUGUUUACAUAUGUUAAAAUAUACUUGUGUUCAUGAUUGCUUUUUCUAUAUUUCAGUGUUAUUGUGUCAUGGGAAUGUUUGAACCAAAAAAAAAAAAAAAAAAAAAAGCAUUUUGGUCACGGUAGUACGUUUAUACUAUAAUAAAGAAUUUAUAGGAUGUUAUAUACUUGUUGUCAAAAAUAUGAAUCUGCAUGUGGUGUCGCUUUCAGGUCGCCUUUUUCCUCAUGGUAAACCGAGAGAGCAUGAUUUUAAAUGUGGUGUGUGUUUUUUUUUUUUUGUUUUGUUUUGUUUUUUUUUGUUUUUUUUUUUAAACUUCCAUUUAUCAUCAUAAUAAUCGGGUAGGUGCCAGGGACAACCAAGAGAGCUGAUAUUGCAAACCCAGUGAAUUGAUUACGAAUUAGAAUUAUCUUCCUAAUCUCCAUUUAAAGAAAACUUGGAUGAGAAAGUUAAGCAGAUUGGGGGUAUUUGAUCAGUAUAACUACUGACUACAUUAGAGUCACCUCCUGCACAGCUCUUAGGGGCUUCACUAGACCUUGUUCUUUAAAUCAUAGACCACGUGGUGAUAUUUUUUAUAUAUAGAUAGAUAGAUAGAUAGAUAGAUAGAUAGAUAGAGAGAUAUAGAGAUAGAUAGCUAUAGAGAUAGAUAGAGAGAUAUAGAUAGAUAUAGAUAUAGUACAUAUAAGAAAUAUUUUACAUAUGUAAAAUUAUAUAUAUGUACUAUAUAUGUAUAUAAUCCAAGUAGAUCCUUCUGAACCGGUUAAAAACUUUGUUUAAUAAAAAGUUCUAUGUAGCUGUUUCGUAUGCUAGAGAAUACUUGUUCAUGAUUGAGACUAGAGUUAGACAUCAGUUUUAGUGUAAAACUUCUCGCGUAUACUCAGUGACCUGUAAAUAACGGUAAUAAAAUGAACAGAUUUUUUACCAGAAAGUCAAACUGAACCUUGCAAUUUGUCAAUUUUGUAAAUACAAAUGACAUAAGGUUACGUAAUCAGUACGUGUAAUUAAGAUAUAUAACAGUGUAAAGAAAACAUUGUUUUCAAAAGUUCUUCUUAAAGUCAUCUCGGGCAAUUUGAAGC